ACGAUACUACAGCUGCUGCUACUGCUGCUCCCCGUGUCUAAGUCCUAUUGUACACCAAUAACAUUAUUAUUAUUGUACCUAUCGCGGACUCCAGUAACCGAUACUAAAAUGCGCCGUGUAACUGUAUCGGCAAUAAUAUUUUAAUUUUAAUCGAGUUGCCCGUUGGCCGUGACGGACACCGCUAUUCCACGACUGUCCACAAUAACAAUAAUACGUUCCCCGUCAGAGUCCGUUUCGUAAUAAUAUUACCGAUUGUUGUUGUUAAUUAUAUAUGAAUAAUAGUAUUGUGAUGAUGCUAUUUUGCAAAUAUCGUCGAGGAUGUUUGACUCAUCAGACCCGAAUUGUUACGAUGAUUCGAUAGCUGUGAAAAUAAUUGGAUGUUAGCUGUACAUAACAAUGGCGCUAACAGAUGAUGGAGAUGAUAAAGAAUGGCUUCAUAGCCUUCUAGUAGAUGUUCAACUUGAACAUUUCCUCAGUCGUAUCAUUGAAGAACUUCAAAUAACCAGAUUAACUCACUUUGAAUAUGUUAAGCCAGAAGAUUUAGAAAAUAUUGGUAUUAGUAAACCAGCAGCUCGAAGGUUAUUAGAAGCUGUAAAAAAACGUAAAGGUGCCGAGCGAAGACAUAAAAUUUUAUCAAUUUUGGGUGGAACACAAGCCAACAAACAUUCAACAGGAACAUUAAAAAAAAAUACAUCUACAACUGAAUCUGCUCAACCAUCAGCUCUAUCCCUUACUUGUUUAAUCCUAGAAAAGGAUAUAAAGUUAUCUGAAAAAAUUGGUGAUGGUUCAUUUGGAAUUGUGAGUCGUGGAGAAUGGACCACUUCAACUGGGCGUGUUGUACAAGUUGCUGUCAAGAUGUUAAAACAAGAUGUACCAUCAUUGCCACAAAUGUUUGAAGAUUUUGUCAAAGAAGUUCAAGCUAUGCACACAUUAGAUCACGUGCAUCUUAUAAAGUUGUAUGGAAUUGUUUUAACUCAGCCAAUGAUGAUGGUGACUGAACUAGCUGCUCUAGGUAGUCUUCGAGAUUAUUUAAGAAAACAAUGUGGCCAUAUUAUGAUUACUGAUUUAUGGGAUUAUGCUCUACAAGUUGCUACUGGCAUGGAGUAUCUUGAGAAAAAAAGGUGUAUUCAUAGAGACUUAGCAUGUCGAAAUAUAUUGCUUACUACACCUCAUCAGGUAAAAAUUGGCGAUUUUGGACUAAUGCGAUUAUUACCAAUGGAAGAAGAUUGUUAUGUUAUGACUGAACGACGAAGAGUACCAUUCCCUUGGUGUGCACCAGAAAGUUUACGUACUCGACAAUUUUCACAUGCUUCUGAUACAUGGAUGUAUGGUGUUGUGCUUUGGGAAAUGUUUACUGGUGGUGAAGAACCUUGGGCAGGUCUUGAUGCUUCUCAAGUACUAUCAAAACUUGUUAGAGAACGUCAACGUUUAGAGCAACCAGAAGCAUGUCCAAUAAAUUUAUAUAGAUUAAUGCAACAAUGUUGGAUUCUGGAUCCAGGUGAACGCCCAAGUUUUAAAAGCAUUAGAAAUUAUUUGAAAAGUAACUCACCAAACAUUGUCAAAGCUACAUCAACUUCAGUAUCCACUGAAUUUUGUGAUGACUCUAGUAAAUUAGAAAUAGAAGUAGGUGAUAGAAUUAUUGUAAUUGAUGGUCAACCUGAUCAUUACUGGUGGAAAGGACAAAAUUUGAGGACUUUUCAAAUUGGAAACUUUGCUAGGCGAUCGGUUGAUCCAAUGAGACGGAAAGCAUCAGACGAUAUCAGCAAACCCCUUCGAAAUUCUUUUAUUCAUACUGGCCAUCAUGGUGAUGCUAGUGGAAAAAAUUGGGGCUUCCAUGAUAAAAUUGAUCAAGUCUAUUUGAACAAUCCUAUGGAGCCACCAGAUUUGUUAGGGGGUCGUCCGAAAAUUGUAGAAACUGGUCCUCCUAUAUUACCAAGUCGAAAAAAUUCAGACUUAGUUGAAAAAAAUGUGCGAUCCAAAGCAGAAAAAUCCAAAAAUACUGUGCUUACAUCUAUACUUCCAUCGAACAAACAAUUCAACUACUCCAAGCUUACAGAUGGCCGUAAAAGAAGUUUACGACCAGCGCCUGGCAGACCUCCUGGUCCAUUUCCUCAACUUUCUAAUAGUGAACAAGUUUUGGUUGAUUUAGACGGAUGUACACCACCACCAAUAAACCAUAAUACCAGUAAUUCGUCAUCCAUCAACUCAAAUGUAUCUAUUCUUGAUCAACCCAUUGAUGUUGCAGAAACUGAUAAUUCUGAACCAUUUAAUUAUAAUCAUACAUACUCAAAUGUUAGUGGAUUAUUUUCUUCUGAACACUCUACUGAUCCAUUUGAUACUUCUAUCUUCGAGACUACCACUGAUGCUGUCCAAAAAUUUCCUCCUUAUUCUGAUACACACAUUUUACAAUACAAUGAACCUGUUUUGACUAAUACUCCCAAACUUGACAUGAACUUUAUUGCUGAACUUGAAAAAAGUUUGGGUAAAAAAGAAGCACAAGCCAACACUAAUCAAAUUGUGUUGGCACCUCCUAAUAUGGCUCCAAAAAAAUUAAAUACAGAACUUUUAAAUUCAGCUAUUCCUCGACCUUCAAGUUCCAUAAGUAAUCUAACUAAUGGUUCAAACACAUCUAGUUAUUAUUCAACGACAGAACUUGAUAUGUCAUUAUUCGUUUCUAAGUAUGAUUCAGAUCCAAUAUAUGCAGCCAACCUGAAUAUGGCAGAAAAUAAAGUCAAAGAGUUGUGCAUAAGUGAUAUAACAUCACAUAAAAAUAUCAAUAAUACAGCUUCCGAUUAUAGAAAUGAUUUAUAUUCGAAUGUCAAGACUGAUAAUUUAACUGUUGCUUCAAAUUAUAAUUCACCAUACUAUAGUCCACCAGUAGACUUGUCAAGGUACUAUAGUCAAACACCCAAUAUGUAUCAAAUUGUUCCAGAGCAAAAUACGUCUGAUUCCUCUGUAUCUCAGCUUUGUAGUUAUUUUAAUAACACAGUGACUGAAGAAGAGUGUUUAGAUGCUUUAGAAGCUACAUGUUGGAAUUUACAGGAGAGUGUAAAAUAUUUAAAAAUUAACAAUCUUUUAAGAUUAGGAAUGGCAUCCAGAGAAGCUUGUGUUACUGCUUUGAACAACUGUAACUGGAAUGUGGAAGAAGCUGCUUCUACUCUAUGUGAUGCUGUUUGAACCAAUCAUUUAUAGAAAGCAUAGGUUUCUUCAUCAAUAUCAGAAACACUUUUUUUUCCCUAAGGGAAAUGUUUACUAUUGAAUUAUUCAAUUUGUGUAAUAUAGUCUAUAUAUUUAAAUUUAAGUAUACCUGUGAUAAAAGUUAUUUCCAUAUUAGAUAGUUAGCCAUCAGAAAGUAUAAUUAUAAUUAACACUAUUAGUAUUAUCGUUUUAGAUAAAUGUAUAAAAAUCAAAAGCAUCACAAAACUUACUUUUAACUUUGUAUUUAUUCUAUAU